GUGAAUUUCAUCAAAUGAUACCAUGGCGUUUAAUUCGAUCAGCUCUGCUACUUUUCCUCUGUCUGCUACUUCUGAUUCAAUUCGUCAGGUAUAUGGGACAUUAUUUUUCAAAUGAUAAGCGAUAUAAAGUGGUCUCAAAUCCGCCUCGUCCGCCUCCUAUUCAUUCCAACUUACCUUGGAAUAAUCAACCAGAUUAUUGGAAAUUACCAUCGAAUGAAAAAAUAGAGCUCAGUUAUCGUGUUCAUGGAUUCUAUUAUGCAUGGUAUGAUGCACCAAAGAUAUCAUCGAACAAUGAUUACCACUCAAUAAACGAUCUGAAUAACAACAAUUGGACACAUUGGAAUCAUCCACGUUUACGACAUUGGAAUGCAAAAGUUGCUAUUGGUUAUUCAACUGAACCUCAUUAUCCACCCUAUUUAAUUGCAUCAUCUUUUUAUCCAAAAUUAGGACCAUAUUCAUCAAAAAGUCGAAGUAUUAUUCAUAGUCAUAUGAAAAUGGUUAAAUUUGCUGGUAUUGGUGUUCUAGUUGUUUCAUGGUAUCCACCAGGAAUGGCAGAUGAUAACGGCAAACCAGUGGAUGAUUUAAUAUUGCCAUUAUUAAACAUAGCCAAUAAGUAUGCAAUAAAGAUUUGUUUACAUUUGGAGCCUUAUCCGAAACGAGAUAUCAAUACAAUUGUCAGAGAUUUAAAGUAUAUGCAUACAAAAGGAUACACAUCUCAUCCAGCGUAUUAUCGUGUUCUUGUUGAAUCUGAUACCAAUCCAAACAGCACUUUACCGGUGGUUUAUGUGUAUGAUUCGUAUAGAAUAAAGCCAUCACAAUGGAAACAAAUUCUACAGCCUGGUGAAGCAACAAGUAUAAGAGACAAACCGUAUGAUACCUAUUUAAUUGGAUUAUUACUCGAAAAAGAUGAUUGUAAAAGUCUUUCUGAAUGUGGAUUUAACGGUGGUUAUACCUAUUUCGUUGGUCAUAAAAUAUCUGAAGCCAGUUCUCCUGAUGUAUGGAGUAAUUUAAAGAAACAAUGUUCAGAGUACAAGGUUGGCUUUUAUCCCAGUGUUGGUCCAGGUUAUCAUGAUUUAUCUGUUCGUCCAUGGAAUGGUGCAGCCAGUAAAGAACGUCAGUCUGGAGACACGUAUGUUCGAGUAUUCAAUCAAGCAUUGAACAGUCGACCAGAUGGUAUAGGUAUAGUAUCUUUCAAUGAAUGGCAUGAAGGUACACAAAUAGAACCAGCAAUACCAUUUAAAUGGUUUGGUUAUUUAACAGAAUCAAGGGUAUAUAUGGAUUAUUCACCGUAUAGUCCAGAAUUUUAUUUGCGUUUAACACGUUUACUUGUUAAUAAAUAUGAACAUUAUGUUAAUUUACCAGCAUACUACAGACAGGCGAAUGAAAGUGAACUUCUAGAGUUAGAUUCAUUGAUUAGAAAUGAAGGUUAUGUUCAACAAAAUUUACCUCGAUACAUACAAACACACUGAGACAUACAAAAUUGUUGUUUACUAGUAUUUUUUCGUUAUGAUUAGAAAUAAUAAAAAAAGAUUUUUGUUUGAA